CAACGCACGCGAGCGAGGAGGCAGAGCCGCACGCACGCACACAGCUGGAUGGACAGGAACGUCUCCGCCACAGCUGUAGAACGAUGCGAAUUUUCGACAUAUUACAAGUUUGUCACUAAAAGAAAGCAGCAGCCGGACUCAGCUCGACUAAUCGAGUCUCCACACAGGUGGCGGUCAACACGGCUGGACAAUAACACAGCACGCGGCAGCCGUUCGAACACAAACUGCUUCGUUUUAAUGAGUUGAUUUUAAGAUUUGCGUGCGCCACCAGCCCAGUUAGCUACUGACCAUCCGUCCAGUGAGCUGUAGACAGACACAAUCAUGAUGGAGUCUAUCCUAGACAGUUUAACAGCAGAAAAACUCUAUCCGCCCGGAGGAACCAACCUGUUGGACCUGGAGGAACUCAGCGACGGAGAUUUCCUCACUAAUGUGCCUUUUUCGAGUGACCAGAUGGACGACUUCAGCAGCGAAUUAUUCAACAGUUUUUUUGACGACCAUCUAUUAGAGCGGCCCCUGCUGGCAGACAGACCUUCACUUUUACACAUGGACAUAGAAAGCAGCCCAGAUAUCCAGGCAGAGCACAGCUACUCUUUGAGCGAAGACUCCGCCCCCCAGAGCCCGGCCCUGUCAAUCAAAAUGGACCAAGAGUCCGAAUUUGAAUGGAACUUCAGUCAGGACCUUUCAGCCAUCUUGGUGAAACAGGAGGAGCCUGAUGCGGGCCAGCGACUAGAUCCUCAGCCCUCGGAAGGUCCGCCUCUCGUAUUAAGCCCUGCCCCCCCACACAGAGGAUCUCCAUGGAGACACGCGGAGCGCAGUCAAGACGAAGGGAAGCCAGUAGCCAUAAAAGAUGAACCCAGAGAGAUUGGACAGUACCUCGGCCUGCCCAGCGACGAUGCUCUCCAGCUCCCGCCCACCCCUCCUAGCAGUAACCAUGGCGACAGCGACGGGUCCCUCCCUCCCUCCUCCCCGCACCUCCCUCUGCCACCGUCUUCCCCUCCACCACAACAGAGGCCAGGAGGUCGUGCCUCCUCCUCUUCCUCCUCCUCAGCCAUCUCUUCUUCACCACUCCUCACUGCACCACAUAAGCUGCAGGGUUCAGGACCCCUCAUGCUGACAGAAGAAGAGAAAAGGACCCUGGUUGCUGAGGGUUAUCCAGUACCAAACAAACUUCCCCUCACUAAGAGUGAAGAGAAGGCACUGAAGAGAGUCCGACGGAAGAUCAAAAAUAAGAUCUCAGCUCAGGAGAGUCGAAGGAAGAAGAAGGAGUAUGUGGAAUGUCUGGAGAAAAAGGUGGAGAGCUACACGUCAGAAAACAGCGACCUGUGGAGAAAAGUAGAAAACCUGGAGACCGCCAACCGGUCUCUCCUACAGCAGCUUCAGAAGCUUCAGUCGCUGAUUUCAGGGAAAGUUGUCCCUCGUUCUUGUAAAAUGGCCUCAACUCAAACAGGGACAUGCCUCAUGAUGAUGGCCUUGUGUUUUGUCCUGGUGUUGGGCUCCUUCUCUCCCUGCCUCUCCCCCCUCUCCUUCCUCACCGACACCUCCUCCUUGUCCUCAUCCCCCUCUUCCUCCAAUCCCUCCUCCUCUCCUCCACUUCCAUCAGCGGACCUCUACACCACCAGUCAGGUCCGUUCCCGCAGCCUGCUCUUCUACGAUGAAGGGGCCCCAUUGGAGGAGAGUUUAAUGACAUCAGAAGGGGAGAGGCUACAGUCAGAGAGCCACUCCCACAUCCAGACAAGCCGAUACACAGCUGACGCACACAGCAACCAGACAUCUGGGCCCAAAUUAGACCAGAGAGAAACAAAACCAGACGGAGUCUCAGAGUUCUUCUGACACAGCCUGACUCCUCCUCCCAUGACUUCUCACCUCUGGCCCCUAAAAAGCCCGAAACCUGAAAAAAAAAAAAAAAAAAAAAAAAGAAGAAAGCAGGCUUCAUACAAACAUCCGACUGGACCAAAAUCUACAUCAUUCUGCCAGGACAUCAACUUUUCUUUCAGUCCUCCCAUCCUCUUGCCCAUGCAUGGCGCUUCACCUCUCUGCUUAAACAGACUCUGCUACACCUGAAUAUACUUGAUUUUAAAGGGACCACUUUAAUUGGAAUUCCAAUUUUUAUGCAUUCAUAUGUAGUACAAUUUUUAACAUCCAACUAUUCUAUUAAUAUUUAGAAGGAACAAUCAUAAAUAAUGUCCUAGAGGUGAAUUCGAAUAUAGAGUCUUAAUAAAGGAACUUCUAGACAAUAUUCAAUAUCUUACAAAUUAAUUUGAACCAAAAUAAUUUAUCACAAAAAUGUAGGAACAUUGCCUAGAGGACAGGCAGGUUUGAGCCACUUAAAUCAGGAGUGUGAGUGCUGUGUUACCAUGGCUUGACUGUCCUCACUUUCUCUCCAAAAGUCAGUGUAGAGUUGCCAUUUAGAGAAAGAGCUUUUUGAGAAAUGCAGUCUUAAAGGUCCAGCAUGUAGGAUUCAGGGGCAGAAAUGGAAUAUAGUAUUCAUACUUUUGUUUUCAACAGUGCAAGAUCACCUGAAACUGAGAAUUGUGUUGUGGUUACCUUAAAAUGAGUCUUUUAUAUCUUCAGGGAGGGUCCUCUUCCAUUGGGUCUGCCAUGUUUCUACAGUAGCCCAGAAAGGACACUUACGUUUUUGUGGCCACUGUAGGGAAGGUGGAAACGAGGGGUGUUCAGUUGGCUGCGGUCUGCAGACCACACGUCAUUCAAUCCUACACACUGGACCUUCAAGACGGAUUUACCUUGCACCUUUAACAGUUCAUAAACAUAAAUGCAUAUAUUAUAUAAAGAAACUUGACUGACCUCCACUGUGUGAAUCUAGCUGAUGGUUAGCUUGAUGGUUAGCAUGGUGCUUGUAUUUCACUACCAAAGCACUCUAGAUGAAAUACAUUGGAUCAGCGUUUAUAUUUUUUUCACCUAUACCUAUGAUGACACAGGGCUGCAGCUAACAAUUAUUUUGAUUACUCAUUAAACUAAAUCUUUUUUUUUAUUAUACUGCAAUUAAUCGCUUAGUCUGCAAAAGGUCAGAAAAUAGUAAAAGAAAUAGCCGGUCGCAGUUUUUUUCAUAGGUCAUCACUUGAAAAACUUUUUUUGCUUAUUAAUUAUCUGCCGGUUGUGCCAUUUUAAAAGUGCCUUCCACUUAGAUCAGUCAAAUAUGACCAACUUGGCCUUGAUACCUAAAGGGCGCCACACAUAAAUAUAAACCUGAAAAUGUAACUCUAACCAGAUUACAUACAGUUAGUCGAAAUCAGGGCCGGGCUUUUAGCUUAUCAUAAACUGACUGAAUGUUCACAGUCCAAAUUCUGACCAAAAUUUUGCAUCAUUUUUGGACCGCUGAAAGGGGUCCUAACAGAGGUUGGGAAACAUGAAAAGUAUUUUUAUGGAAUUUAAAAAUUGUAUAUGUAAUAUAUUUGCAGCAUCGAAAAAGAGCAUAUUUAAUUUAUGCAACAAAAAAAAAAAAUAAAUACUGAACUUGUUUUUAAGAUUAGUUUAUCUUAAUGUCUUGUUUUUCUAAAUAAUGAUCGCAAAAAAAAACUCAAAAAUAUAACUUUAAUAUAUUCUGAGCAUCACAAAAAAUGAGCAUAUUAAUUUAUGCAAAAAAAAAAACGGAAAGAAAGAAGGGGAAUUGUAUGUUGUGUUUUGGCAUUUAAGAUGAUGUGAAGUUUUACAUGAUGGAGUGUAGUUUACAUUCUGCUUCAUGGAGUGUAAAACUUUGACAUGAUCUGUUUGUGUCUUUUAACUGUAAUACAGUGUUUAUGUUUCACUGCUGUCGCGUGAACGCCUGAGAGGGACUGUUUUGUCAUUCAAAUUAAACGUUAAAAAAAAAAGAAAAAAAAAGAAAGGUAUUUUUAUCCCUCAAGCUGAAGUUUCAAAGAAAUUUAUCACAAAUCCACCGCACUAUUUUACAAUUGACAAUUCCAAAUAUGUAGAUACUUUUCUGUCAUAAACACAUCCGGUUAAGUUCAAACAAAAGCAGCAGAGGAAACAUCUCAGCGUGCGCUCAUGCGACAGCAGUGUAUGUUGUAUUUAUUCCUGUUUUGUAGAAAGUAUGUAUAUAUUGACAAAACCAGUCAGGGGACUAACACAUUCCAGGAAGUAAACCACCACUAGCGUUUGAAGGAACAGUGACAUUUUCAAAAAAAGUCUUGAUUUGUUUGCCACUAUUCUGACAAUGUGAGAAAAAACAAAACCAAACAACAACAACAACAAAAAAAAAACAUGGAAUGAUGCUCCUCGAAACAACUCUUUUAAAUGUCAUGGUAUUCCUUCAAAUAAAAAGCUUUUUAUUUCAGACAUUUCACCGUCCCAUUACAAAACUUUGAGGAUAUAAUAAGAGUUCCGACUCCUAUUUUGAUCCCCAAAACGUUACAGAUUUUCUUACUCGUCCCCAUUUCAUUUUGUGUCUUUCAUGCUACACAAAAAACAUCAUGUGACUGCAGCCCGUUGCUCAGACAUCCUGUCAUUCUCACCCUCAACAGUCAUAAUGCACCGGUGUACAUAAAUAAUAACAACUUCAUGUGCAGUUGUUGUAAAUAAGGGCCUUGUUUUUUGUUUUUUUUUGUAUUGUGACAUAUCCAAAACUUUAACCUGUGGAAUCACAUGGGGUGGCUGCUUUUCAGAGAAGAAAGCAGCAGUUUGGGGAAAGAAGAUGUAAAGUAGGGAGGGAUUUUAAAACAAAUGACUGGGAGGGUGACUUUUUUCCACUCGUAAAGAUACCCUGACGACACAGCAGCUGCACACAGUUUGAAUAGCUGUAAAACACAAGGGGGCGCUUGAUUACUCUCUCCUUUUCAUGAAUGUCUGCAGAGAAUAAUCAAACACUCUCCAGGAAGUUAUUUGAAAUGUGUUCGGGUGUCAUGUUGUCUCGGUUUGUUGUAUAGCAUCUUGCAUGUUCCUCCAUAUAUAACUAUGUUAUCUUAGUGUAGUCAGUAGAGUAGAAACCAGCAAAAUAUUAAAAAACUGCAUCAGCAA